GUCGGUCAUUGCACCCAACUCCCUUCUUGCUGCAGCCACCCUGCACCCUAUGAACUGCCCCGUGUCUGUGCCCCCCCCCCUUGCCCACGACGCAGGAGGCGGGUGCCAGGGGGGUGUGGGCCCCCAGCCCCUCCACGCCCGCCCCGCGAUGCCCCUUCAGCACCCGGCAGCAGCAGCAGGAGGACUCAAGAACUUCCUCCCCUUCCCAGGGGAGGGCGCGCCCACGAGACUCAGCCUCUUCCACAACUUCCCGAAUAUGGAUCCGGUACAGAAGGCGGUCAUCAACCACACGUUCGGGGUGACUCCGGCUCCACGCAAGCGACAGAUCAUCACCUGCAGCCUGUGCCAGAUCAGGUUCAACUCCCAGAACCAGGCGGACGCGCACUUCCAGGGCACCAAGCACGGCAGGAGGCUGCGGGCUAUGGAGUCGGGCAAGGUGAAGAUGGAGUCGGCCAAGGUGGUGAAGAUGGAGUCGGCCAAGGUGAAGAAGGUCGCCGAGGGCCCGGGGGGAGGGGCCACUCGCCAGGGGGCGCCCCAAGAGGCUCCGGAGGGCGCGGAUGAAGAACAACAACAACAGCAGCAGCUGCAGCAACAACAACAACAACCUCCCUGCAACAACAGCAUCAGCAGCAUCAGCAGCAUCAUGAGCAACGCAAGCUCACCACCACCACCAGCAACAACAACAACGAUGACGACGACGUCACCGACGUCGUCACCCGCCCCCCCGAACGACCUCGCAAAGGGACCCGACCCCCCAGCGAGGGGGCUCAGCCCCCACGCCGAGCCCCUCCCCCCGGCGCCCCCCACGGGGGUCUCCGCGGGGCCCCCCACGGGGGGGGGCCCCACCGCCAAGGCGGAGAGCGAGGAAGAGAAGGCCAAGCGACUGCUGUACUGCGCCCUCUGCAAGGUGGCGGUGAACUCGCAGUCUCAGCUAGAGGCGCAUUACAAAGGCGCCAAGCACAAGGUGAUGAUGGAGGUGCAGAGUGGGGGGGGCACGAUCCGCGCGUGCAUGCGGCCCGCGGGGGGGCGGGGCGGCGGGGGGCGGGGGGGCGGGGGGGCGGGGCCCGAGGGGGGCGGGGGGGCGGGGCCCGGGGGGGGCGUGGUGCAGCUGACCCGCGCCUUCCGCUGCGAGCUCUGUGACGUCGUCGUCAACUCCGAGUCGCAGCUCAAGCAGCACGUGACGAGUCGCCGGCACAAGGACAAGCUGGCGGGGAAGCCGCCCAAGCAGAAGCUGGGCCCCUACAGCCGAGUCGCUCGCAAACCCACACACAGUCAGCACCCCAGGCCGUCCAAGCUGAGCUUCCCCAAGGAGUUGGCGACGUCGCUCAACGGAGGCUACCUGCUGGCCCCGCUCCACCCGUCCUCGGGGCUCGCCCCCGGCGUGGCCCACGGCAAGAUGGCCUUCGCCAAGGAGCCGCUCAAGACGCUCGGCCCGCCGGGCUUCCUGGGGCCUCCGCUCACCGCGGCCGGAGCGGCGGCCGCGGUGGCGGCGGCCGCGGCGGCAGCGGCGGCCGCCUCGCCGCUCCACGCGGCGUUCACGCUGCGGCCCGGCCCCCCGACCUUCAUCCGCGGCCCGGCCUUCCUGCCGGCGCUGCUGAGACCGGCGCCGGGGCCUCUGCGGACCCCGCACGGACACUUCGUGUUCGCGCCCUACUAGCGGCGGCCAGGUUGGCGGUGUUUGGUGGGGGGGUGCGGGGGGGGCCGGUUUGUCACUGUCGGAACAGGAGCGGUGGGUGCGGUGUGCCGGGUCCACGCUGGUUAGGCCGGAGUUGGUGGCACGUGGCUCGCGGUAGCCGUGCGUGGUGUGCCGUGUGUGGUGUGCCAGGCGCGGUAUGCCGGGCGUGGUGUGCCGUGUGUGGUGUGCUGGGCGUGGUGUUACGUGCGUGGUGUGCCGGGCGCGGUGUGCCAUGCGCGGUGUGCCAUGCGCCCCAAACAGCUGUUGAUGAAAUUCCGGCGAUCGGCGAUUUAAGCACAAAUCAGAAGUCGGGGCAAUGGCUUCUGCUCCAACGAGCAAAAAUGGGGUCUGAUGGUGGUGGGAAUUCCCCGUUGCUGUGGCGAACGUCGGCCAUGCCUUGACACGACUGUUGGCUCCUCGCUGGUUGGUGCUGCUCAUGGUGUUGACAUUGGAGGGAUGGUGAUGGUAGUGAUGAUGGUGUUGAUGGUGAUGGUGGUGAUGAUGGUGUUGAUGGUGAUGAUGAUGGUGUUGAUGAUAGUGAUGAUGGUGGUGAUGAUGACAGUAAUGGUGGUGAUGUAGUAGGGAGGAUGGUGAUGAUAAUGGUGUGGAUGAUGAUGGUGUUGAUGGUGUUGAUGGUGAUGGUGUUGAUGAUAAUGAUGGUGAUGUUGAUAGUGAUGGCAAUGAAGCUGAUGGUAAUACACGAAGUAAACAACCCACUUGAUACCCUUGCAAAUGUGGCUACACACACAAAGACAAAGAUCUCUCGUAUAGCCUGUAACAGACUGUUGGGACAAGUGCUGUUAGCGAGCGCCUAUGAAGGCUACACACGCACACGUGCACGCACGCACCUGAACGCACACUCACCGAUGUCACUCUUGACCACCGUGACACAGCGCAGCGCACAAGCUGCCGCUAUUCACGGAAAUCAUAAUAACGACGACGACGAUGACGACGAUGACGAUGACGACGAUUUCGCCACUCGUCUAGGGCUUGAGUCUCGAGACUCGCCCUUCGCGAGGGGGGGUCCCUGCGGCACCGAGCGACGCUUGCGUCCGGACCGUGAUCUAACGAGGGACGAUGUCCGAUGGAUCUCGGAGUCAUCCAACUCCGCGUGUUCGUGUUACAGGGGUGACCUUUAAAGCGGCGCUACUUCUAGACGCGUGCAAUCGUUAGCAAAGACAAAGGCGCCCUCUCACUCCCUCCACCCCCGGUAUAGUCUUUAACAGGCUGCAGGGGCAAGUGCUGUGAGCGAGUACGGAGCGCGUAUGAUGAUCGGCACGGCCGCCUUUGUCUCCCCCAAGCUGCCAGUUUAUGUUUUUGUUGAUACGCACCGCACGAAGGUACGCAUUUUAAAGGCCGAACCGACCUAGGCGUAGGGCUCACGACCGAUAUUUGAAUAUUCGCUGUCCCAUUGAUUGGGUGGUCGUGAGCGGGGUAUCGAUCUCUGGUUGCCAGGUUCGAAGCGUGCACCGAUCCACACACGCAGAGAACUCGGUACGCACACAACAAUAGCAACAGCAACAACAACAGCCUCCAUUCGCCACUAAGUGGCGGUGACGUCACCACAGCAUUUGUGCCAGGCUAGGUUCACUCCGAGGCGAUCGCGUGGGGUGGGUAGCCAGCACCGCGUCCGGCCGCCUUUGUCUCCCCACACCGCACCAGGUACUCAUUUGAGGCUGAGUUGACCUAGGGGAGGCAUAGGAUCGAUACAGAUAAUCGUCACUGAUGUUGGCAGUUGAGCGAGAAUCAAACUCGGGAUAUCACACACAGCAACAACAACAACCGCCGUUCAUAACUAAGUGGCUGAGACGUCACGGCGCUUGUGCCAGGCUAGGUGCACCUUGUAGAUGCACAGACACAGCGACACGCCUGCACGACCCACCCACCCUCACCUCGCCCACACCGCACGCACAGCAAGCCAUCGUCUCAGUCUGUAAAUAAUGUAAACAGAGACGAGAGUAAUCAUCAUGACGACGACGACGAUCACGAUACAUGACAGAGGAGGGUGUGUUGGGCGUAAGGGAACGUGUGUGCACAAGAGAUAUUUUUUUGGUUUUUAAACCACAGCAAGAAAUAUCACGCUGUCUCUCUCGUACGGUAGCGUGCCGUAGAAAUCGACGGCACGCGUUCUAGAUGACGAUGGUGGUGAUGGUGAUGCCGCCCGUACAAGUCGCAAUAUUGUAUCUCCUUCUGUAUAAGCACACAGGGCGGCGUGCCCUACCCUCUCUAUGUAAUAUGCAGCUGCGGAAUCAUUGCUGUUAAUGAUGAUGAUCAAUGAUGAUCAAUGAUGAUGCCGAUCAAUGAUGGUGAUGGUCAAUGAUGAUGGUAAGAUAACAAACAAAAAAGCACGGGGCGCCUCCUGUAGUAAGCACAGAGAACCUCCCCCCAGCACCGUGCCUCUCGUGCCCCCCCCCCCGCCCGCCGGCCCCCCCAACCCCAUACACACACGGCGAAAGUUUGCGAGCACCCGUUCCCGUUGGUAUGCGUUGGUGUGCGUGCAGGGUGUUCACUCUCGUGGCGUUCCUAUCCCUACAGUCGCUGUCCAUGGUACUGAACAGACUCUACAGCAGCUGUCCAUGGUACUGAACAGACCCUACAGCAGCUGUCUGUGAUACUGAACAGACCCUACAGCAGCUGUCCAUGGUACUGAACAGACUCUACAGUCGCUGUCCAUGGUACUGAACAGACUCUACAGCAGCUGUCCAUGGUACUGAACAGACCCUACAGCAGCUGUCUGUGAUACUGAACAGACCCUACAGCAGCUGUCCAUGGUACUGAACAGACUCUACAGUCGCUGUCCAUGGUACUGAACAGUCUCUACAGCAGCUGUCUGUGGUACUGAACAGACUCUACAGCAGCUGUCCAUGGUACUGAACAGACUCUACAGCAGCUGUCCGUGGUACUGAACAGACUCUACAGUAGCUGUCCAUGGUACUGAACAGACCCUACAGCAGCUGUCCAUGGUACUGAACAGACCCUACAGCAGCUGUCCAUGGUACUGAACAGACUCUACAGCAGCUGUCCAUGGUACUGAACAGACUCUACAGCAGCUGUCCAUGGUACUGAACAGACUCUACAGCAGCUGUCCAUGGUACUGAACAGACUCUACAGCAGCUGUCCAUGGUACUGAACAGACUCUACAGCAGCUGUCCAUGGUACUGAACAGUCUCUACAGUCGCUGUCCAUGGUACUGAACAGUCCCUACAGCAGCUGUCCAUGGUACUGAACAGACUCUACAGCCGCUGUCUGUGGUACUGAACAGACUCUACAGCAGCUGUCCAUGGUACUGAACAGUCCCUACAGCAGCUGUCCAUGGUACUGAACAGACUCUACAGCAGCUGUCCAUGGUACUGAACAGACUCUACAGCAGCUGUCCAUGGUACUGAACAGACCCUACAGCAGCUGUCCAUGGUACUGAACAGACUCUACAGCAGCUGUCCAUGGUACUGAACAGACUCUACAGCAGCUGUCCAUGGUACUGAACAGACCCUACAGCAGCUGUCCAUGGUACUGAACAGACUCUACAGCAGCUGUCCAUGGUACUGAACAGACUCUACAGCCGCUGUCUGUGGUACUGAACAGACUCUACAGCAGCUGUCCAUAGUACUGAACAGACCCUACAGCAGCUGUCCGUGGUACUGAACAGACUCUACAGCAGCUGUCCGUGGUACUGAACAGUCCCUAAAGCCGCUGUACAAUUGGUGACUGAAUUUACCCUACAGCCUCUGUCCAGGGUUACUGAACAACAAUAUUCACGACUGUUUUAUGUUGUACAAUCGUCAAUAUGCGGAGGUGCGAGUAUAUAUGAAGGUGCUUUCGGCCAAUGGUUGAAUGUUAAUACGUGUGGGAAGGAAAAUCGGAGCACCCGGAGAAAACUCACGCGUACGUGGCGAGCAGGCAACACAUGGAGAGGGGACAGAUUGUGUUUGUCCGCGCGUUGCUUGUACCGCCUUUCCCAUGGCGAGCCAGGGCACGGCACCUGCUCGACCCCCACAAUGUGUGUGCGUGUGUGACCCACCAACCCUCCCUCGCUGCUGCCUUCACCCGUUCUGUAUUGCAGGCCACGUCGCGUAGCCACCACCGGGCCGACUGAGCAGUGUUUGUCCAUAAGCCUCUGUCCAAAGAAACGAAGUCGCCAUCGUCACUGCCGCUAUUUAAAUUGUUCGUAUUCGACUCCUGUCCACGGCCGUGACCUUUUGCAAUUGAAAGUCUUCCACUGUUGCGACGAGGCUCCCCUUCCACGAUACUCUCCCGGCUGGUGCUGUUCAGCCUCUCCUCCCGCGGUUCCCGAUGAUUCCCGUAGGCAGCUCCUUCCAGGCUUACUGAGCCAUGCAAAAAAUCAUCUCUCGUCCGCGGUUACUGAGCUCGUUAUCGUUUCGCGUCUGUUCGUUGUGCGCAAGGGCCCCGUUGGCGCGGGCACUGAGGCGUCUGCGGAGCCUCUGUGCGUGGUUCGGAAUUGUCGGCGCUACCCCAGUAAACAAUGCCGACAUUGGAGCCCAGCGUUAGCGGUGUGGGUUUGCCACCAACCGUUGGGACCAACGUUGGCGCCCGACGUUGAUUGAACGUCGAGGGCUAACGUUGGGCCAACGUUGGGAGCCAACCAACGUGCCACGUUUACUGGGUAUUAGAGCCACUGUCCGCGACGAAGAACCUCGCGCCAAACAGAUGCCGCGUAGUGCAAGUGGCUUGUGAGAGGGGGGGCAGUGAUGUUGAUGCUGAUGGCGAUGAUGAUGAUGCUGAUGGCGAUGAUGAUGAUGCUGAUGGCGAUGAUGAUGAUGCUGAUGGCGAUGAUGUUGAUGCUGAUGAUGAUGUUGGUGGACGAUACGGAUGAGCUGCACGUGCAUGCGCGUCGCGUCGCGGCGAUGCGACGGGGCGCGUGACGGUGAGGAGGUUGAGAGGAUGGAGGCUCCGUGCCGGGAGACGGAGACCCGAUUAACCUGGUUCACGACACGUGGACAAUCGUCGUCGCCGUCGUUAUUAUCAUUAACAAUAUUAAUAGUUUUCAUUAUUUGUUGUUAUCUUUAUUGUUGUUUUUUUUUUAACGAAACACAUCUCGCAUCGGCACUUCCCUUGCCAGGGAAGCCAUUCUCAGUCGUAGUGUGACGAAGGCGCUUGCGCCAUGAGCUAAUAAACAAGCACAAAGAUAGAGACAAAGCCCCCCCCCCCCUCCCAGACCCUGCACCCUCUCCCAGGUAGCCUUCGAACGGGCUGUUGGGGCAAGUGCUGUCCGCAAGUUCCGUAGCACCCACGAAGGCAGGCACGGCCACACGUGCCUGGCGAUGGGGUUUGCCAGUACCACUCACGACCGGCCGCCUUUGUCUCCCCCGUCAUUGCUAAUGUUGUUGUCCACACACACCACAGUAGCAGCAGCAGGUAACUCACCUUUAAAGGCUGAGUCGACCUAGGUAGACUGGUCCGUGAGCGAGAAACGGACACGGGUCGCUGGGUUCGUAGCGCAGCGCGCUAACCACUGCGCCCACCGCUCCCCCGCCAACGAUAAGCUCUACACAAGCACACACACGUGGUAUGCGCGCGUGGCUGUCCACGAUGUGACACUAUCGAAGCCGGGAUUUUACUCCAAUACAUUUGCUAUAUACAGUAUAUAUACAGUAUAUACACAGAUACAGUAUAUACAGUAAAUAUACAGUAUAUAUACAGUAUAUAUACAUGCAUGCUAUGUUCAAAUUAUUUUCUUCGCAUUUUUGUUCUUGUUGCUGUUGUUGCGUCGUGCCCCUCACGACCCACGUUUAGUUUCAUGCCCCCCACCAAACCGCCCCCCCCCCCACUAUACGCACAACGUUGCACUCACACACACAUACGCGCGCGCUCCUGAAGCGGGGUGCAUGUUAGCGAGCACCUAUUAAGGCAACGCAUAAAGGGUUUGUGCUCAGGUUUUCGGCGUGCUCAUUUUAAGCUGAGCUGACCUAGGGGGGGGGGGUGCUCGAGCCAGUCUCCAGCACUUACUAUAAGACAGGGCAAAGGGUUUGUGGCUCGUGUUUGGACGUGCUAAUUUUGGGCUGAGCUGACCUAAGGGGAGGCCCGAACCAAGUCCAGACGUCCGCUUGCCCACGCGGUGAUGUGCGAUGUUUCAUCGCGUGGAGAUUUCUCCUCGGGGUCCAGUGUCGGUGUCCCCGUUUUUUUUGUUGUUCUUCGUUUUUCUCCGGCUCUGAACAAAAUCCACGCUCGUGGCUCGCCCAGUGACUUUGGCCAAACAUUGCCCUGGGCAGGGACUCUCCUGGCGAGCCACUGAGCUCAUCGAUCACUCGCCGCCGUGGCCAGGGAUCAAACUCAGGUGGCCGGGUUUGUAGUGCGGCAGCGGGAGAAAUAAAAAAAAACAGCAGCAGCAGCCACGCUAGAAACACACACACACACACGCGCGCGCGCACACGUUCAUGUCGUCUGUAUAUCUUGAUAGCUCUUAUCAGCAGAAGCCUCCGUAGAUCACGUGAAUCUGUGUGGCCACCCCCACAGCCUCUCCCUGUGAAAACAGCGCUACAGACACCGCUGCUUUCUCCUCCUCCUCUCUCCUCCCUCUCAUCCCUCCGCCCUCACCACCACCACCACCGCCCUCCCAUCCCAGACAUCCUGGCCCGGUCACUCCUUCGCCCCCCCACCCACCACUCCUCGUCUUCUUCCUGCACCGACAAUCAUCCUCCUGCUCCUGCCUGCUGCUCAUCUCGAGCCGUCACCUCCUCGUUGUCCGUCUCGGAGACUGCCGUGCAGGCCUCCCCGUUCCUUCCUCUCUCUCCCCUCCCCAUAGAUUCUGCCCCUGGCUCUUCUCCCCGUGGUGGCGGCGGCGGUGGUGGUGGUGGCGGUGGUGGUGGUGGUGGCGGCGGCGGCGGUGGCGGUGGUGGUGGUGGUGCCGCCACAGUGCAUGCUAAAGCAACGCGUGCUGCUGACGAAUGGCAGUGUCUGCUCUGGGUGGUUAUUUCUCCGCGUUUCUGUAUUUCCAUUGUUGUCGCUGUCGUUGCCCGAUAAUUCAUUACGCGUAUAACUUUUGCGUAACUCUACUGCAGUGUAUAUACUUGAGCUUAGUAUAUAUACACACACACACACACGAGUCUUCAUGCUAUGCUUUGUUUCGCGCACACACAUAUAUACUCACACGACAAAGGUGCCCCGUAUAGCCUGCACACGCUGUUGGGGGCAAGGUCUGUUAGCGAGCAACCCGUUCGGGCCGGCCACGGCACAUCAGUGACGGGGUGGAUGCCGUGGCCGUGAAUUCACGAAUUCCCGUGGCAGGCGCUCGGUAUGGGGGACACGGACGUUGGCACCGAACCCUCGUCCACCGACACAAUUCUUCGUCUUCCAAGUUACCCACACGUCUGUCCCCACGUGGGCGACUCGGGGGGGAGGUGG